AUGCAAACUGAAGAUCAGCAGUAUGAAUAUUUAAAGUCCCAGCAGGUCAAGAAGGCCGACUCUGGAUCUUUCCAGGUCGUAUAUAUCCCAUUUGGCCUCAUUUUCUCUGGCUUAACAAUCCUUCUUUACCUUCUUAUCGGAGGCUGCACAAUUGAAGCUGAUAAGAUUUAUCUUGCUGUCUCAUACGGUAUUGGCGCCGUCCUCCUUACAAUUGCCUACAGUAACGUCGCCAAAUGGUGCCACGCUCAAAAGAAGAUGAACGGCUCCCCACUCUUCUUCUCCCUUGCCUACAACAACGCCUUCUUUGUCUUCCUUCUCAUUUUCUGCGCUACAGUCCUCUUCCCAGGCCUCAAGCCAGCUUAUGGACUCGUCCUCACACAGACCAUCGCUGUUGCUAUUCCAGCUUGGUUAUCUACCCUUCAGGUUUAA